AUGGAUUGUGCCGAAGCGGUAACAUUUACCACAGUUGCGGAUUAUAGUUAUCUCGGGCAUUUGGAAUUGAUUGUGGAAAGAUGGAUGGGUCCCAUAAGUCUGGCCCUUUUUGCACCAGGGCAUGAUUUCAAUGCCACCCUGAAUGCCAUACAAUAUGCCCGGCAUUGUCUCCCCAUAAGUCAGCUGAUACGGGAUUAUGUAUCCUUCCAUAUCUAUUUUCCAAGUGGACAUAUGCCCGACGAACCAAUACCCCGUUCCGAAGUCGAAGCCUUAAAUUGGCCCUUUAAUUGUUCCGAUGUUUAUGCCCCAUAUGAAAACAUAUCGCCCAGCGCCAUCUAUUGGAAACAAUUCAGUGUUGACUUUCCCAUUAAUGUGGGACGAAAUGUGGCCCGAAGAUCAGCGAAUACCCAUUUCACAAUGGCAGCCGAUAUUGAAUUAUAUCCCAGCAAAGAUUUUAUUCGGAAUUUUUUGGAAAUGCUCUCCGGAAAUAAAAGCCUCUUAGCGGAAGGUCAACCCCAUGUCUUUGCCGUGCCGGCAUUUGAUUUGGAUUCGCAUGCCAUUAUUCCGGACAAUAAAGCGGAACUGAUGACCCUGUUCCGCAUGCAAAUGGCCAUGGCAAUGCAUCAGAAGAGCUGCAAAUAUUGUCGCCUUAUUGGCCAGGAGAAAAAAUGGUUGGAGAGGGGAGUAAUACCCGAUGGCAAGUUCGAAGUGGUGGCUGUGGUGAAACGUUUCAGCAGCAUUCCCGGAUUUUGGGAACCAUUCUUUGUCAGCGAUAAUCGUAUACCUGAUUUCGAUGAACGUUUAAUGUGGCAGGGCCAGUAUGAUAAGCGAAUGCAUAACUAUGCCAUGUGUUUGCUGGGUUAUAAAUAUUAUGUCCUGCAUCCGGCCUAUUUGACUCAUGCCCCAGGUCCGAAACCAUUCGAUGAGGAUAAUACACGAAUGUUCGAAGCUGAUGAGGAGAUAUUGGAUAUGGUAGCGGAAUAUGCUGUCAUCUAUGGCAUAAAUGAGGAUUGUGAGGUUUGA